GGUUUCCUGAUUGCAGAUUUGUCUCGUGAUCUCGAAAAUAAUCAGCAAACCAUCGCCGAAAUGGCUCAAUUUGGCAAAAAUGUGGUUGCGUACAGCGCAUCACGUACACUGAAGAUAAUAGGCACGGAAAACUAUGAGAAUUACACGCUCUAUGUUAUUGAAGUGUCAAUUGGUUGCUUUAACUGGAGGGUCAAACACAGAUACAGUGAAUUCUUCGACAUGCAUGAAAAGCUUGUAUCUGAUUACAAGAUUGACAAAAGCAUUUUCCCUCCAAAGAAGAUAUUUGGCAAAAUGUCCGAAGCAUUUAUUAAGAAACGGCAAACUGACUUAGAAAUCUACCUUCAGACAACUCUCCACCACCUUAACUUUGUUGUUCCUCCAGUUCUCGCGAACUUCUUAGAUUUCCACAAAUAUGAAAUUCAUGGGAUUACAGAAACUUUGGCAGAGAUCUUAUACACAAAAGGUGAAAUCCUUUUGAAUUCCAAGGAGAUGUUUACCUUACAGACACUGCAGUUGCAUGCAGUGAAUGAGCGUCUCAAGUUAGCAGAGCCCACAUGUGAAUCUGGUGAUAAAAGGAAAGACCUUGGUCAUGUGUUAGAUUUCAUCACGAGGGUAAAAGCUUUAAGGAUCUUUGGCUCACGAGACCCUGUUGGUACGAGUAACAUUGACAUGAAUCAACUAAAGUUUGAUCUGACAAUAUUUAGAGGCUUGGAAAAGGUGGAGAUUGUCAACUGUAAUACGUCCGUGAUUGCCGGUGUGGAAAUCUUAAAAAGAACUGUCAAAAGGUUAAAAGUUCAUCAUUCGUUGAAGGAAAUCAAGGACAUCCUACUCCAAGACAUUGCCUGUAUUCCAAUAGAAAAACAAGGUUACCUCGUGCCUGCCUGGACGUGUCUCAGGGUGGCAGACUUCAGUCAUAAUGAGAUUACAGCGAUUGAUGAAUCCGUGAAACUCAUGCCCAAGGUUGAGAUGCUAUCGUUGAGCCAUAACCAGCUGUCCCAGAUCCAGCACCUGUCACAUCUGAGUGCGUUGACCUGCCUCGACCUCUCACACAACAAAGUCAAAUACCUCGAUGCCUUACACACCAAGAUUGGAAACCUAAAGAUGCUCAAUCUGUCUGGAAAUCAUAUAAUAUCUUUACAGGUUCUUUCCAAGCUGUAUUCUUUAGAAGUUCUGGACCUGAGCAGUAAUGAUGUUAGCCAGGUGUCAGAGAUCCAGCACAUCUGUCGGCUACCGUGCUUGGAACAUCUGACACUCACAGGCAACCCGGUCACAGCUGUGUGUGAUUAUAGAACCAAGGUGUUUGAAUUGUUUGGGGAGAGAGCUGCUGAGUUAUGCCUUGAUAAACUUCGUCCUAGUCAGAAGGAGCUGGAUACAGUUGCCAUUUUACAAGCUAUACAGAAGGCGAGGGAGGGCAGAGAGAAAGCCAAGAAACACUCAAAAAAGCAUGUGCAUGAGGUGCCUAUCACAGAUGCCAGUAUCACAAGUGAGGAAGGUGCUAGUUCAGGACCUGAACCAGUGACCUAUGUUGAUACAGACAAUAGAAGCAGGCAAGAUUCCGACCCAAAAGAUGAACUAUUUCGCCAACGAGUUGAGUCAAUUCGUGCGCAGGGAGGAGAGGCAUGGUUGGGUUUGCUGAAUGAGAUGCAAAACCCUGAGGAUGGUUCAAGCCUGACUAGUUCCCACCUUUCGACUGCCUCAUUCCCACCACUAGAUGGCAGGGAGAGCUACACGACACCCUCUUCCUCUUUCGGAGCCUCUUCAGAGCCACCACUCCUAGAAGAGGACGCACCUGCAUGUGAAAGCAAAAAUGAGGGUGAGACCAACAGCUAUGCGACAUGUGAUGACAGCCAGACAACUGAUUUGGAGAACAGUUUCGAGUUCGGCAGCACAGCAGGCGUGCCUAUGAACAUGCCAAGCAUCACUGACCCUCACUUCGUCCACCACAUGCAGGUGUAUAUUGGCAGCUUGAACAUUCAAACGCACAUCCCUGGGAUCACGGGAUCACCCCAUGACAAACCAGAACAGAUCCUUUACAUCAUGUGGGUUGUCUGCCAUCCGUAUCACUUGAAGCGUGUCGAGUUCCCAGGCUGCGCGGUCUUAACGAAUGAGAUGGUUCAUAUUUUUGAGUUGGUUGAUGCUUUUCAAGACACUUAUCCAACCCUGUCACAUUAUUAUAGCAUGGCGGUGAACAAUGUACAAGAGACUGUGACAGGGUACAGGAAUAUGUAUGUCCGCUUAGAAGAAGCGUUCAUGGUCGCGCAAGGUACCUUUACUCUCAUUCCACAGAACUCUAGCAAAACACAACAGUUUACGUCAUCAUUGCGCGACGCCUGUAAAAUUAACGAAGAGGAUUUUCUGAUCACAGUACCGUAUCAUGAGAAUGCCGUGCAGAAACUUGUUCAGACUCUACAAGAGCAUGAGAAGCCUGGCCUCACUGAGGACGAUAUUGUUCAUUACUCGUACGUGCAGAUACCAGAUUCCGAUCGAAAUGGCACGAAGAAUUCUGCAUUCGCUGCCGCACUGACCAAACACAACUUGUAUCUAGUCAGGGAAGAUGUCGUUCAUUUCCCGAAUCCGACAUUUGAAGUUGAUCAUGAGGUAGGAACAACACAAUAUGGUGUCUUACAAGUGCAUUCCCUCCAACACACUGUUAAGGAUGUGCAGUUCUGUAAUGACAUCAAUAAGUUGGAAUGGACGUCCCAGUCUCCUGGAACUGACCGGACAUCUCCUGUCAAGCAGGGCAGUGCUUAUGGUUUGACUUUGUUGUUCGAGAGUGCUUCACGAGAGCAGAAGGAUGGUGGAGAGAGUGAUUCGAAUUCCACUAAGAGGGGGCGCUUUCAGUGUAUUUUCCCGACACCUGAGCACCGUGACUUGUUCCUGUGUCAGCUGAUGCAGCUGCGACGUGAGAUUGCACCACAAGUUGCUGAAUCUGACUUGGAGACCAGUAUCCAUGACCGAGAUAUCGAUGGACAGAGUUUGAACACGGAGGAGAAGAGUGAGUUUGACGUGUGUGAGAUUGGUGAGGACUGUUGUGUGACGAUUAAGGUGCCUGAGGACGAGCAGGAGCCAUCAUGUAGUGGUGUCAGCCCAAAUGUGGGGAGAAUGAAACUGAAACUCUGCCUGGAUGGAAAGGCAGGCCCAAGAGAAAUGACUGUGACUGAAUAUAAUAAGCUAGAAAACUGGUAUGGGCUUGGCAAGGGUGCCACCUCCCUUCAGGAGCAUCUGGCGUCUAGUCCUUGUGUCUACCCAAGUGCUGAACUUUUAAAAACUUUGACCAGUAUUAAUGCAAACAUUGAGUUGUUGUCACCGAUGUCACCCCAGCUUAAAAUAAUCGGCAAUAUGACCGGCGAGGAAGUCUUUAACUAUUUCCACAACCAGGUGGCUCAGAUUGGCAUCGAACAGGAGGAGUUGAAGUGUAUCACAUGGUGCCCUGUGAUACCGUAUGUCCUACCACAGAUGGAGAUUCUGACGUGUGUUAUGUUGAGCAGCCGGGCUGUCUACCUCAUCUCCGACCGAUGUUUGCCCCCUGCUCCAAGUACAAGCAGCGGGACCCCGUGGAAAACACAUCUCCGCCACCAGUCCGACUCAUUGUUGUCACAUAGUAUGUUCAAGCGCUCUGAUCUUCACCACAACGCAGCCUCUGGUAUCAUCCACAAAACAUCCAAGGGAGAGGAAUCCCGUUUGCAUUGUUACGCUGUCAUACCUCUGAAAGAUCUCAAACAAGUCCAUAUUGGAAUGUUUGACCAGUUUUUUCGCCUUGCUUGCUCUAGCGGUGAUAUGACAUUCACUUGCCUCACCAGGGACUUCACUGUAACUGAUUCGUUUGUCAAGUACCUUAUGUCUGCGUUAACCAGACUCAAUGCUGCAUCAUCCCCUGAUCUAUCCAGCAGCGAUUCCGAACAAGACUUUUAUAAAAUGUACUCGCAGUCUGAGCCGACGGCUGUCUCUGGUUUUAAGCAAAGAAACCGAGUCAAGUUUGUGUAUGCAAGUGACGAUGCGAUCACAGACCUCUGUUACUUAAUCCAGGAAAAACAGGGUGUUACUGAUGAGAAGAAGGUUUCACACACGACCAUGGAUAUUCUACACUAUCUUCUUGUCUUUGAGAUCAUUGCACCAGAGACAGUGGAAAAUUACAAAAAUCCAGUCCCGCGUACAUUGAUUCUAACCAAUCAACACUUGUGCCUCGUUUCCGAGGACUAUAUCAACUACCCACUCCUGGACUUUGUCCGAUUUCCGCCAGGGAAGCCCAAUCAUGAAUUCUUGGAUGUAAGGCGCCCAGAAUACCUAAAGCGGGUUGUCGUGAGUGAUUUCACAUCCAAUGACAUCUCGCUCAUGUUUUCUGAUCAUAGUGAAGAUAUUGUUGUGGAUACAAGUGUCGAGCAUUUCAGUUCUGGUCCAGAUAUUGGUCGGACGUCCCCUGGCGAGAUCAGGUGGACAAUCCUGAUCCAGAAUAUCCGUGAUAAGGAUCGGUUGCUGAAGUUGCUCAGUAAGCAUUGGAGUGAUAUUCAUGAAGGGCGGGAGCUCUCCAUUCAAGUUAAUGCGUGACUAGGUAAAAAGGUUCAAGCUGUUUGGUGAUCAUGUUAGAAUGAAUGAUAGUGAAAUCAUGGUCACUCUGUGCCUGGACUUAAGUAUGAACAAAGGAACUUGAAUAUUACAGAUCUUUCUCCACACUACCAGGUUUCUUUAUUUACAAGAUGUUGUUUAAGUUGCAUUAGAUCUGGUUGUGCAGAGACUGAACUGUGAAUGUGUAAACUGUUAACCGAAAUCGAUCAUGAGCUGUGUCACAACAAACCUCCAAAAUGGUCUUCAUCACUGUACAUCGUAUGAAGUAUGUUUGCAUGAAUGUAUCACUGCAUGUUUGUACAUUUAUCUGCACUAAAACCUCUCCAUUAAAGACAAAUACUGUCCUUAGUGGAGAGAUGUCCUGAUUAUAGAGGUCGAAAUGAAUGGAAACAACCAAUUUGGGACCAAAUCUAGUGUCCUUAAUAGAGAGGGUGCCCUUAUAUAGAAAGUUGUCCAAUAAGGGAGGUGCUUCUGUACUUGGAUUCAACAAAUACUAUACUAUUCAAAUCUGUAUUAUUACAAAUUUUCACAUGGGUUUUGGCCAAGGGCUCUUAUCAAAAAGUAUACAUGUUAUAAUUAAAGUGUGUUUCAUGAAAGGCACAUUGACAUUUCUGCCCUUCCCUUGUUUGUUCUGAAAUUAUUGCAUCCUAUUCUAGUUAUCUGUGAUGUCACCAGGAUAGAAACUGAGCUCUUUGACCAUAAAGUGUACCACAAGUGGCCUUUCUCAUCAUCCCUUGUCGAGCUCAGUGUCCUUAUGUGUGAAUGGACAAUGAUCAUGUGAUUAAACUGU